AUGUUCCGUCAAAGAAGCUGUUGGGCUUUAACCCCGGCGAUACGCGUUGUAGUGGGCGGCUACAGGAUAUCGGCCACCACGGCAUUGGCAGCGUCGCCAAAAUUUGAGAGUCGUCUUCUGGGCUCUUGUCUUCCUACAUCUCCUCGUGCUAGAUACUUGCACACGUCCAGCCGGCUGCUGGCUGUUAAGCCCCUUCUACUCGCAGAUAUUGGCGAAGGAAUAGUAGAGUGCGAGAUCAUACAGUGGUUUGUCGAGCCUGGAGCUACGGUGGAAGAGUUCUCUCCUCUCUGCGAAGUACAGAGCGAUAAAGCGUCGGUCGAGAUAACCAGCCGCUUUGCCGGCGUAGUGAAAAAGCUGCACUACGAGGCCGGGGAUAUGGCCAAGGUUGGAAAGGCGUUUGUGGAUAUCGACAUCGCUGAGGAGGCUGUGCAAAAUCCGGACGAAACAGCGGUUGAGACGGCCACUGUUCCGGGUGCAGACAUAACAUCGGCAGAGUUGACAGCUCCAGAAAAGGAAGUAACAACGCCUACUUCGGCACAGCAGUCUCUGCAAGAACAGCCGCAAAACCUGACCAGACUUGCUUCGCCUACUGGAGGUAAGAAGAAGUUUUCCGGAUCCUCUCUCGCGACACCGGCCGUGCGGCAUCUGUGCAAGGAGCUGGCCGUGAACAUCACUCAGGUGGACGGCACGGGAAAAGAUGGUAGGGUGCUCAAGGAAGACCUGUACCGCUUUGUCGAGGAGAGGAAGGUAGCAGCCCCAUCCCCAGCUUCGGCCUCAACUACACAGCCGGCCCUGGCGGCGGCUCUUGAUACCAAAGACGCACCGCAGCAGGAGACGGCAGUCCCAUUGACCGGCAUGCCGCUGCAGAUGUUUAGGACUAUGACCAAGUCUCUGGCCAUCCCGCACUUCCUGUAUGCAGACGAAGUGGAUUUUACGCAGCUGUUCCGGCUGCGGCAGCGGGCGAACGUCGCGCUGGCACGAACUGCUGGCCAGGCGACAGGAGAAGGCGACGUCAACAAAAUUUCCUACCUACCAUUUGUUAUCAAAGCUCUUUCGCUAGCGCUGAACAGGUAUCCGGUCUUGAACGCACGCGUGGAGGUGCCUUCCGACAGUGCGGAGAAGCCGCGCCUCGUCUACCGCAGCCAGCACAAUAUCGGAGUGGCGAUGGACACGCCUGUCGGGCUUGUGGUGCCGGUGGUGCGCAACGUAAACGGACGCAGUGUGCUGUCGAUUGCGGGCGAGCUGGUGCGUCUGCAGCAGAUUGCUCAGGUGGGAAAGCUCGCGCCGGCCGACCUGCAGGGAGGCACCAUCACCGUGUCCAACAUUGGCAAUAUUGGGGGCACGUAUUUGAGCCCCGUGGUAGUCGAACGGGAGGUGGCUAUCCUCGGCAUCGGUCGACUGCGCACUGUGCCGGCUUUUGCAGACGAUUCUGACGAGGGCGAAGGUGCUGCGGGCCAGCGCAUCAUAAAGCGGCACGUGUGUCACUUCAGCUUCAGCGCAGACCAUCGGGUGGUAGACGGGGCUACGGUGGCACGGGCAGCUGAGGUCGUACGGGAAUUGGUGGAACAGCCAGACACGAUGAUCAUGCAACUGAGAUAG